GCCAUCAGAAGAACAUGGACGCCAAGAGCCUGAUGACCGUCAUUUUCAUACUUGCUGAAAUGCCCUCAGCGUUUCUGAUGAAUUCAACAAUAUCCCCAGACCUCAACCCAACCUCCCAAUCCCACACAAGUGCACUGCCAGGAACCCCAGACCUCAACCCAACCUCCCAAUCCCACACAAGCGCACUGCCAGGAACCACAAUGACAUCACUGAUGCCCUCCACAGACAGGGUUUCUGCAGUGACCAGCCAGCCGUCUCCUACGUCUCUGACUGUGAUUGACCUGGUCUUCUCUUCCAAUGAGACGUUUACCAGCAGCCUCAGCAACCAGUCCUCUCCUGAGUAUCAGAACCGGGUCAAACUCACCAAGCAGAAGAUUGAGCCUAUUUACAAAAUCUUUCGUGGCUUCAUUGACCUGACUGUGCUUGGCUUCAGGAACGGUUCUAUUGUGAUCGACUCCACACUCCGUUUUGACUCAGGCCAAUCGGACACUCCUGAUGCUGAGAGAGUGAGAGACGUAUUCAAAGCUGCCAUCAAGGAGGGAAAAGUAACUUUACUAGUGAUUGCAGAGUCUAUCAGUGCAACAGUCAUAGUUUCAACAGUGCCGAGUGACACGCCUUCAUCUGCAGUGACCACAGCAGCCUCUGGUACGAUGAUGGCCGGGAUGAUAAUUUUCCUGAUCCUGCUAAAGGAGGCCCAGUGAUCACAGAAGAGAAGUGCACAGCCACACACACAAUAUAGUGCACACACACACACACAC